AUGGGGUUCCCUGCUUUAACUUCUUUAAUGGCGCAAUAUAUUAUAUUUACUUACUCCCAUUUAACACUUCUUGUUUCUUUUCACUUCUUACUUAUCUCUUACUUGUUAAAAAAAAUGAACGUAAUCAAAUAUAGCAAGCCAUUGCUCACAUAUUCCAGAACUUCAUAUUCAAUACUGCACAAGUCCUCUACAAAUCUAAUAACCGCAAGAUCAAAAACAACAACAACAACAACAAAAUCCAAACCCAAAACAAUGGCUUCUCCAAACAGAUUAAAGAACUUGAGUGUAAAUUUCCCCAUCAAGAAAUCCGAAUCAACCGUAUCAUUACACCCGUUAUCUCGUGACCCUUUCAAAGUAACUAUCAUAGGGUCCGGUAACUGGGGGACCACCAUCGCCAAGGUGGUCGCUGAAAACACAGCCAUCCACACACAUGUCUUCCAUAAGGAGGUACAGAUGUGGGUUUUCGAAGAAAAAAUCGACGGUGUUAAUCUAACAGAAAUUAUAAACACUAAGCAUGAAAAUGUUAAAUAUUUGCCCGGUAUCGACUUACCAGAAAAUUUAGUCGCAAAUCCCUCUUUGACAGAUGCCGUCAAGGAUGCUGAUAUCUUGGUCUUUAACGUGCCUCAUCAAUUCUUAGCCAGAAUUGUGGGACAAUUACAAGGUCAUGUGAAAGAAGGCGCAAGGGGUAUCUCUUGUUUGAAAGGUUUUGAAGUCGGUGUUAAGGGGGUACAAUUAUUAUCCUCUUACAUUACUGAUGAAUUAGGAGUCGCUUGUGGUGCCUUAUCUGGUGCUAAUUUGGCUCCAGAAGUCGCUAAGGAACAUUUCUCAGAGACUACCGUGGCGUACCAAUUACCAAAGGAUUUCAAAGGUGAAGGGAAAGAUGUCGAUCAUAAGAUUUUGAAAGCUUUGUUCCAUAGACCUUAUUUCCAUGUAAAUGUCAUUGAUGAUGUCGCAGGGAUUUCCAUCGCUGGUGCCUUGAAGAACGUCGUAGCACUUGGUUGUGGGUUCGUCGAGGGACUAGGUUGGGGUAGUAAUGCAGGUGCCGCCAUUCAAAGAGUGGGUCUAGGUGAAAUUAUUAAAUUUGGUCAAAUGUUCUUCCCUGAAUCAAGAGUGGAAACUUAUUAUCAAGAAAGUGCAGGUGUCGCUGAUUUAAUUACUACUUGUUCCGGUGGUAGAAAUGUUAAAGUGGCUAAAUUCAUGGCAAAGACUGGGAAGAGUGCCUUAGAAGCUGAAAAGGAAUUAUUAAAUGGCCAAUCUGCUCAAGGUAUUAUUACCUGUAAGGAAGUUCAUGAAUGGUUAGACAAGUGUGAAUUGACUCAAGAAUUCCCAUUAUUAGAAGCUGUUUACCAAAUCGUUUACAAUAAUGCACCAAUGGAAAACAUACCGGACAUGAUUGAAGCUUUAGAAGAUUUUGGUUUUUAA